AAAAUACUUUGAUUGAAACAUUCUGUACUAUCGGAUCUCGCCUGAUCGUUACAUUGACGUUUGAAGAUAUAUGAAACGAACGCGUUGAAAUAUUGGCAUGAACGUUUCUUCAGCUGGAGAUGAUGAUGAGUGGAUGGGAUACUGAUCAUGGUCAGGUGGAAACCUUGGAUGAGUUUGAUGAAGCUCACCAUCUGGAGAAGACCUACUGCUCCACCAUGACCGAAGAAGAGUAUGAAGAUCAGACAGUAGCUGAGACGGACAAAGCACUUCAGGAUUUGGUGAUGUAUCUGGAAUCCAACCCCGAGGCUUAUACUCGUAUCAUGAGGAAGAAGAAGGUUGAGGAGAUGGAGAAUGGUGGAAUGUAUUCCUACCUGAAGGUAAAGAUGAUGAGCCUGUUGCAUGGUGAACACUACCCGGCAUGUCUUGUUGCCCCUGAGGAGGCACAGAACCACCUCAACCAACUCAAGAGAGGAAUGAAGAGGGCUUUUGAAUACUCACAGGAGAGCAAGGCAACAAGAUACUCUUCAAGACUAGCAGCGAGGAAGCCCCUGUCAGAUGCCUCCCCUCGGCUCAACACACCAGACAAGGACAGGUCUCGCCAGUCAUCCAAGAGAGCAAAGAGGGGCUUGACUGAGCCUCACUCAGCAGUACCAGUUGCCAAGAUUACCCCCAGCAACGCCCCUUCAGUGCCACCCCCACCCCCACCCCCACCCCCACCACCACCACUUCCAACUAAUCUUGUCAUUAAGCCACGUUUAAAGAAGGGCUCAUCCAAGACACGCUCCCCCAAGACAGACUCAUCCAAAACAGACUCAUCCAAAACAGACUCAUCUGAAUCUCACUCACGACAGAUAGCAUCGCCAUUACCAGCCAACUCACCCAGUGGGGCAGAUAGCUCUGAUCAUGAGUUUGUCACCCCUCCUACAGACACAAGGCCACUAAGGCGACACAGGAGAACAGUGUCCAAUAGCUCAACGUCCUCUGUGUCCUCCGUGUCCUCCCUGUCCAGCAUCCACUCCGAGCUCAUGUCCUCCAACCCACUCCGGCGACUCCGAUCCACACAGGUCAUCAGGUCACCUGGCGGCACACCAGUCCGAGCUGCAGCAGACAAGGAACAUCUGGCACACUCUGAACCUCUCCACAAAGCAUUAAUCUCGGUUAUGAAGAGGAAGUUUCGAAACAUCCGUACUCCAAGCCCUCAGUCUGCUGGACAUAGUCGAGUCAGCAGCCCCAACAGCACGUCGGCCUUCAGUCCAUCCCUUGUGUUUACACCCUGAAGUAUAUACGUACUGUGUUCACUGCUAGUGAUGCACAAGCUCUACAGAUACUGCAGUAUGCAUAACAGUCAGUCAGUAUAACAAACAAGAGAAGAACCAGUAACUAGUUAAUUAUAUCUGGAAUUUGUUUCUUGCAAAGCCAUGUUAGCUGUUUAUAAUCACGAAUGUUUGAACAUCAUGCAAAAUGUAGCAUUGGCCUAAAAAUACAAUGUUGUGCUUCUGAUUACAUGUAACAGUUCAUUUCAAAAUAGCGCCUGCAACUUAGUUGGAGAAUUACUGUAAGGCUCUGCUGCGUUUGGUAUAAAUUUGUAGGUGUGCUUUGUUUUGUCAAGUGGGAUGUGCAUUAAUAGGGGCAUCUUCCCGAGGCAAGAGAGUUAACUGACUUUAAAUGUCCAGUUUCCAUCCUUGCUGAACUAGACUGGAAUUCCUGGGCUCGAUCGUAGAGCCACCAGUGGCUAUUACCAGUUAUGUCCCU